AUGGGGCAUGCAGUACACCAGUUCAAGGCUCUCUUUUGGAAGAAUUGGCUCUGCCGUGUGAGACAACCAGUCCUGUCUCUCACUGAAAUACUCUGGCCUUGUGUGCUCUUCUUGGUACUGGCUGCAAUCCGCUUUCAGGAGCCCCCAAAAUACAAGGAAAGCUGUUAUUUAGAAGCUCGAGAUUUGCCAAGUCGGGGCCUUUAUCCUUUCAUGAGAACUCUUUUCUGUAAUGUUGGCUCAAGAUGUAGGAAUACCAGUUACACAACACAGAAAAACAACCGCUUACGCACUUCAGGUGUCCAAGGUGGUCCAGAGAGCUUUGCAGGACCUGAUCUAGCCUUCUUGAAAGCGAUACAAGAACUUGCAAAGGGAUUUGCUGAGACCACAGAGAAAGCUGUGGCUUUAGAAAAGCUAUGGGAAGAAAACUCAAAGUUCUCAGGGCUCCAUAACAGCACCACUUUUCUUACUAUGGAUUUGAAUGAAGCUGAGGAAAUGAUUUCUAGAGUAGAAAACCUGUACAAGCAACCUUCCUUCUGGAACCUUCUGCAUUCAAUCCCUCACCUUGAAUCGAACAACUUUUAUAUGGAGGAUGGGUUAGCUGCUGUCGGACAGUUUCUGGAAGUUAUUAAAAAUACCUUAGCAUCAUUGAAGGAUUUAGAUGUGAUGCCAUUUGGCCAGAGUUUCUAUGAAGUAGUGAAAAUUGCACUGAAUUUAACUGCUGAAUUGGUACAGGAUAGGAGCUUGGAAGGUUUUCAAUAUAAUCUUUCUCUAGGGGCUGUUUUGUGGAAUCCACGUGCUGUCAGAGCAGAACUUGAAUCUAGGUUUGGUUUUGAUGAUCUUUGUGUUAAGAAACUUCUAAGUUAUACAGCACAAUUAACAAAGAUUCCCACAGGAGAGACACUGGACCAGUUUGUGUGUUCUGCUCUGUCCAGUGUGCCAGGGGAUGAAGCUAACAAAGAGAAUAAUGAAGAAAGCUGUAUUUCCACAUGGCAUGAGGCCAAACUGUAUCUUGUCCAUUCUGUCAGCAAGCUCAAACUCUAUGCACAGGUAUUAGAGCAAUGGUUCAGCAGCAACCGCUCUCAGAAACUACUUUCAGAACUUGAAAGAAUCAUAGUUGAUGUAAUGUCUCAGCUGCUAAAUGACAGGGAAGCCAGAAAAAUUGUCUCAGGGAUAAAUACCCUGAUCAAGCAAUGGAAUGAGAAAUCAGAAGCCUAUUUUUCAGAAGAAUAUAGGCCAUCUCAUAAUCUAAUCCUAUAUCUGGAGAGAGUGCAGGCUGUGCUACAGUCUGUGCCUCAGUGGCCUGUUAUGAAGAGAUUGCUUCUGGUAGAUGGAGCUAUAAGGAAUGUAAUAACGCAAUAUUUAAACUUCACUGAAGGUAAAGCUGCGUGGUGGGUACUUGUCAGUAGCACUGUCCAAAGGCAGUUAUUGCAGGAAUCCACUGUGUGUAUGUUGAUGAGCAACACUUCCUACGUAUGCGAUGAUGUGCUUACAAUGUUCGAGAAGGCCCUGCAGCUUCCACGGGGCUCUGCUAUCACUGAUGUUUUAGCCAUACAUGUGUGUCCUGACAGUGACUCAGAGGUGGUUUUCAAGCUAAGCAACCAGGUCCAGUCGCUAAAGGAAGCUGUCCUGCUUCUGCAGAAAGUAAUGCAUGGACAACAGAGCCUGCCAGAUUCAAUAACGGAUGAUUAUUUGGGAUGGCAAGAAAUAGAAGAGCAGCUAGCUGAAAGUUACCAUUAUUACUGUGUAAUUAAUCAGUUGCUGAGCACAGAAGCGCCAUCUGAGGAGGAUGUCCAUUUCAGCUCUUGUCAGGAAGAGCUGUUCUUCUCACUAAUUAAUAAUACACUUGAAGAAAUCUUGUUUGCCUUUGAGGGAAAUCCAUACUGGAAGGAUUUAACAACUUUUGUCCAGUGGACAUGCAAGGUAGCUCAAUACAUGAACGAGAAAGUGGGCUCCACAGAAGGUCAGUCAGAUGGACUAGAAGCAUCUCUAUGUUCUAGACAAAAGCUCAGUUUGGAGACUAUCUUAGGUCAUUAUUUAGCAUUUCUGCAAGAUUUACCAGAUUAUUCCUCAGUUAUUUCCUGGUCACGGAACUUGACAUCUGUGAAAGAGUUUUUGAAGACAGAAGAAAAUUUAUGGAUUUCUGGUGAAAAGGAAAUGGAUCAUCUUUUACAUCUUGCAGAAGCCAUAGAAGGAAUGAUAAUGACUGAUUUCUCAGCUCUUUCAAGCCUCCAGUCUCUAAUGGAAACUGUUUUGAAUAAUAUGAUUACAUGGAUGAAAAAUUUUGCUGAGGGGGAGGAAUCUGCCACAAACUUCUCACUUGCACUUUCAGACCUCCAUAAUGAAUUGCAAAAAAAUUUCCAGGCUCUUCAUGGAUCUUGGAUGAAGGAGAAGACAGAUAUUUUCUGGCAAAUAGUGAAAAUUAUAUCCCAUGAACUUGAUUCUAUGCUCUCUCAUAUAAGUCAAGUGGAAGAGGAGGAAGUAUUGGAGACCUUAUCUAGAUUUAUAUUCUCCAUUACAGAAAAUAAAAAAAAUCUUAAUAGAAGUAUGCUAUUGGUCAAAAAUAUUCUAACUGAUUGGCCAGAUUUCAAUGUUACUACUUUGAACCGCCUAGAACACUUGAGUGAAAACUUCCGAAGGAAUCUUUAUGAGGUUGGAUCAUUGACAGAAAGUCAUAUCAAUGCAUCUUUCAGCACAGUUCAUGGACUGAGUAAUGCCUCCUCUUCAUUAUUCUCAAAUGAAACUUUUAUAUAUAAAGUACAAGAGUUAGGUGAAAUUGUUCCCAAUUUCUUCAAAGGCAUCAAAAAAUUAAACAGUAUUAGUGUGGACUCAAUUGUUCAGAUACUUUUCUCUCUGUAUCAGAAUGCUGAUUUGCUCCUAAAUAUUGACAAUAACACUUUGUUUGAAUUUCUUUAUAAGACCUCAAAAGAUAUUUCAUCUUUUCAAGCAUGGCAUGAUUUCCAAGAUAUGGACCGAGUUUCUGAUUUUCUGUUUGAAACUUUUGAUCUUCUCUGGAACUUCACCAGUAAGUCUCUCUGUGAAAAGUUACAGACCUUUUACAAUUACACAGAGUUUCAGGCCCAGUCUCUUGCACAGGAAGGGAAAAAAGAGGUGCAAAUUGUCUAUAAUACUCUGAGCAACCUUAAAACAUUAUUAAUGGAUGAAGAGCUUGAAACGGCUGCCUUUUGUUAUUUGGAACAAUUUUUUGAUUUCUCCCUAGAAUGCCUGAUAAAUAGUGGAUGCAUUGAUUUUUAUCUAUCAAACAUUACUUCUCUAAAUCACUCAGCAGAGGUUUAUAACCUACUUCUGCUUCCAUUGGACAGUGUUUUGUUUAAUAAAACAAACUUAGGAGAUGAGGUAAGUGUGCCUUCUGCUUUGCACUGCACUUUUACAUGGCUUCAAACCUGGACAGAGAUUUUUGAAGAAGCGUCCAAAAUCUUAAACUUAAAUUCCACCUUUUUUGUCUAUCUGAGGAAUGAUUUGGCAGAUCUCUCUGAAAGUCUUUUAAAUACAACUCACGUUGAUCUGUGCAAUAAAACGAAUAUGGCUAUUGUUGAAGCUACAACAGCAAUGCAUCUGUUGAAAAUCAUAGUUGAAGGUGGUGAUUUAAAUGACUGUAAAGAUUUUGAAGCUUUCCUUGCUAUUCUUCAAAGUGUAUUUGAAAAUGCGAUUGAUGCCACAAGCUCACUUAAAGGUAACAGUUUAGAUGAUAUUUUAGAAAUGAUAGGAAUCGUGAUAACUGAAUUGCAGCAAUCUAUACUGAAGGUUGGUAAUGGAGAUUUUUUGAAUUCUUGGCUUGACACUUCCAUUUUAGGAGGAUCUGGAGGAAAAGAAAAGGGUUCCAGUGUAUUUUCCAUUGGAAAUUCACUUUCUGCUAUUCUCAAGCUUUCCCCAAAAGAACUUGAAUUUGUUCUCACUGAGAUAAAAGACACAGCUGAUUUCUUAAGAAAUGCACCUCAGGGCAAAUAUUUGGCUUGUGUCAGUAUUUUCAAGAAUAUUACCAAAUUAAUUUUGGACAAUACUCUGAAAGACCUAAACUAUUCACAAAUGAAUUUUUCAUCUCAUCUCCAUGUCUUUCUGAACUCUUACAGUAUAGUAGAUGAAGUAGAGGAUUGUAAUGGGUGGAUACGUGGAUUUAGUAAUCUCAGUGAAAAAUACAAAUCACCGUCUCACCUUGAAAAUGCAAAACAUGUUUUAUUUCUACUGAAAUCUUUGGGAAACAGUGAGACAGAUACUAAGCUAAUGAACAGGAUAGAUUUUGUUAAUUUUGUUUUUAAUCUAAUUCUCCCUGAGUGCUCUGUAACUAGUUCUGAUGUGAUUUGUGUAAGUGUAUAUUUCAAUGUUCUAGCAAAAACUUUAAAAUUCAUUCUCCCUGAAUUUCACAUUCAAGAUGACACUAGUGUAGUUGAAUUUAUUUUUACACUCUUAAAUAACUCUGGAAGGCUAAUAAAAAUGGCUGUCAACAAUUUAAUGGGGUACUCACACUAUACAUCAAAUGAUACCCAUUUUAGUCCAUCAGUCCAUGGAUCUAACAGGACUUUAAGGAUGUUCCUUAAACCCUUCCAUCAAGUUCUGCUUUCCUCAAAAGAAAUUUUGGCAGAAAUUAAAACUCUUCUGAAAAAUGAAAUUUUUGAAAUUCAAGAAAACAUCUCCUCUCUGUUGGAUAUUGAAAUUGAUGAGAAAAAUAUUGGUUUCUGGAUGGAGUUCUUUCAAGAUGUGAUUAGUAAACUUGAUUCAAAUUUGUCCCAUAAAUUGCAGGGUGACAACAACACAUUUUUACAGACACUGAUAGAAAAAGUACCUCUGAAUGCUGAACUGCUAAAAAAGGCACUCAAAAAUUUCAAGUCUUCUAGUCUCACUGGUUUUCCAAUAAGAAAUGAUGAAGAGUUUCUAGGGCAUGUUGUAACCUUGGUGCAAAAUCUAAAGAGCAUGGAUAUUGAGUUCUUGAUAGGUCAAUUUAAACAAGUCCAGAGGAGCUUGGAUAAUUUUUUUAAAAAUGUCAAACCUUUGCAUAUUGAGAGCUCUGAGUUAGGGCUCUUAAUAGACUGGUGGGAUGCAUUUGAGAACAAGUCAUGUAAUUGGAACCUGACCAGCUUAUGGCAAGUCACACGACUUUUUCAAGGAGAGGAGCUCUCUGAUGUAGAAAAGAUGUUUCAUUUCCUCCUUGAUGUCAUCAGCCUUACAGAAAGAUUAGCUCAUGGAAACAUCACAGAAGCACUAGCCGAAGUAUACGCUUUUGUACUGACUCAGGAAGCAAAAAUGCCAAUGUUUACAAAAGAGGAAUUCUCUAAUCAAGUAGAAAGUCUACUGAUGUUACUGGAGACAUUGACAGAUAUGCUUGAUGAACCUGCAGAGGCCUCAGUUUGUUUUUCUGCAGCAUUCUGCUGGGCUCUCACAACAGUAACACCUCAGAGUGAUCCCACUUUUAAACCUUGUGACUUUGCGCAAAGCAAUUUUUCUCUGAAUUAUAAUGCAAUCUUCUAUGCCAUUAAGGAAAUGAAACUCGUCACUGUGAAUGACAAUUCCUCAUGCACUUUGGAAGAUUUUCAGACAGAUAUCACUCACAAUCUGACUUGCUUUUUUCAUCAGAUUAAAGAAUGGAACUCUAUUCUUUUGAAGUUUUCUGAGCUCCAUCGUGUAAAUGGUUCAGUUCUCAAAGAGCUACUGGAUUUUUGGGAUGAACUGUUCCUCUAUGCUGUGCCACUGCAAGCAAAUAAUACAAACUCAGGAAACUGUUCCUCCACAUUAAAGAGACAAGUGGCUUUACAGGUCAUAGAAAUUCUGAGCAAUAUACAAGUGGAGGAAAUGAAGAUGGCUGAAGAUGUUCUUGAACAGCUGGAUAAUCUUUAUGAUGGUCUAAAUUGGAACAGACACUCAAGAAUAUCACUUAUAAAGACUGCUCUUACUGAUGUCAAGAAAAUGACUAGUGAAGUUUCUGAACUCUUGGAUGCAGAAGCUGUCCUUUCUUUUCUUUCUAUAGUUCAUCCUUUAAUGGCAAUAUCUUCUGUUGGAAGCCAGGCUUACUCAAUGCUUAUGGUAUUAGCUGCUUUAAAUGGGAACAGUAAUAUAUCUGAUAACAUUGAGAACGUCUGGUUGCCUAUAGUUAAAAGUAUAGAAGAUUUACUGGUGAAUUUUAAUGCUAGACACUUACUUGCAGUGAUAGACAAAGAGUUUCAAUUACUAAGGGUAGCCAAUGGACAGUCCUCUUCAAAGACUCUUCAUGUGUUCACGCAGCAAUUUAACAUAUCAUCUGCAGAGGCUAUGUUAAGAAGUUUUGAAGACAUACAAGAGAUUGUGAACAGCUUUCUGUGCGAGUGUAACAAUAAAAAUUAUUCUAAAAUUAUGAAAACUCUGAUCCUCCUUACGGCUAAUGAAAAUUCAUCAGAUCUACUGCUGUUUGUCAAAAAUGUUGUUGAGUUUCUGGAACUAUUCCAAAAUAAGUCUAAAGGAGAUUACACUGGUACACUGUUUGUUGAUGGUCAUCUUGGCAGAAAAAUAUCAAAUAAUACUUAUAUUGCUAAUUCAGUUUUGCAAAGCAGUCUCCUUCAUAUGAUUGCUGACUUUGUUAUUACAGAAGAAGCUCGGCAUGCAAACAAUACUGAGCUUCAGAUAGUCGACUUGAUUGAUUUAUUUUUUUAUAAUGCACAAUAUGGAAAAAUUUCUACUCCAUCCCAAAAGAGAACUCUAGAGAUCUUGCAAGAGAUCCUGCAAAUGAUCUUUCCAUCUUUCACAGAACAUGACAGGAACAAAAUGCCCUUUUUACUAAAGGAUUUCUAUGAGGAUAUAAUGGCAGAAAUGAGAGCAUCUAAGAUAUGCAAGAUUCUUCAGGAGCGUUUACACCCUGCUAGUGUUCUACUAUUGCAUAAGUUGCAGUUUGCUAUUUUGAAUAUUCUUAAAAUCUUUUCAGAAGAACCAGCUGUCGCCAGCAACUUUUUCUGUGUUGUCACAAAGUGUAAAGAUGACAUAAUGAGUCAUUUACUUGUCUCUGUCAUUGAAGGAAUCAAUUUGGUUCAAGAUCAUUAUCAGCACAUUGAAAGAAUGUGGCUUGCUUUCAACAAGGGGGAUUGUGAGAGCAUGGCGUAUAUAAACCAGAAACUUUCAAAUACUCUGGAGAGUUUCCUGAGAGCCUUACAGAAUACGACUGAUGGCAGCUGUGAAUGUCAACUAAUGUCGGGGAACAUUCAGAGACGCUUGCAAAUGUUGGCUGAAAAUUGGGAGCUACAGUUGUCAGAAAAUCCUGUGCUAGCUUUUCUCAGAAAUUUUAAUCUUUUGAAUGAUAUGAAAGUCAAAGAUUGUGUGCAGAAUAUUACUGAGCUGAGGCUGGACAUUCUUUCUUCUGUCAACAUUUCUGAAGAAACUUUCAGUACUAUCUUGGAAGCCAGUAUCUCUUAUUCAAAGGUUUUUUACAGUGCCUUUGUGGGAGCUUUAACUGGAAGAUGUGAUGAAGAAGUACUUAGCCUGUUGCUACAGCUACCUGAAAUCAACAAAACUUCUCUGGCAGUAGAAGAAAUAUGUUCUUUACCAGCACUGGACAUGUAUACCAUGUUUGUACUGAUUAUACAGAAUUUGAAUUUACGUCAUAUCAUUUACACGAAUAAGAUACCAUCUGAGAUGGGUGAUGUACUAAGCACAUUGCUGGAUGUGGUCUCUAGUAUCAGCUCCCUUCUCAAUAAAGUUCAGCAUGCCAUGGAAAACCUUCCAGUGUUCCUCCAACCAAUUCAGAACAUUGGUGUGCUUGACACAUUGCAGCAGUUCUUGCAAGGUGGGCAGUUCAGAAGUUCAGCUGCUGGAUCCCUGGAGUCUGUAAUCAAGGCAAUCUGUAGAGAAGAAUCUUCAUUUUUCAGCAACGCAAACCUCUUCAUUGACAUGCCCAGAAUCACGGGACUCUUGGAGGACAAUAUGGCAAAAUAUGGCAUUCCUGAAGACUCAACUCCGUUUUGCUUGAAGCUUUAUCAGGAGAUUUUACAGUCUUCUAAUGGGGCUUUGGUAUGGACUUUCCUGAAACCUUUAUUACAUGGAAAGAUACUGUACAAUUCAAAUAUCAACAUGAUUGACCUGGUGAUAGAGAAGGCUAAUUUCACUUUUGGUUUUGUGGAACACUUGAAGACUUAUUCUCAGACAUGGCUUAGGAUGUCUGAAGUUUUUAAAAAUCGUGGAAAUGUCCUCAUGGUCUCACGGCUGCAGGAAGCACUUCAAAACAAUUUUGUAAAGCACUUUGUAGAAAGUAACCUGGAUAUUGACGUGGAAAAGCUCUUUCAAAAAAUGCAAGUAUAUGAAAUUAUGAUGGACAAGAUGCUUAACAGCUCAGCAAGUAAACAGAUUGACCUGUUGUCACAUCUCAUAGUAAAUAUUUCUUCCUGUGUGUUACUGGAUCGUUUCCAGCCUUUUGAGUCUGUUGAUAAAUUGGAGGAGAAAGCUCGUGAACUCAUGCAGCAAAAUAAUUUUUUGGCUAGUAUCAUCUUCAAUGCACCAAAGAACAAGACACCAGAUUCUAGUAAUCUCCUUCCAUCGCACAUUUCAUAUACAAUUAGAACCAGUAUUCUCUACAGCAUGAGAACGGAUUUGAUUAAGAACCCAGUGUGGAAAUCUCACCCCCAGAAGCUGCCAGCUGAUGGGUUUAAAUAUAACCAUAUCUUUAUUCCUAUUCAAGACAUGAUUGAAAGGGCAAUCAUUUCAGCUCAGACAGGGUCAGAUAUCUCAGAGCCAGCAAUUCAGGUGCAAGCCAUGCCUUACCCUUGUCAUACCAGUGACCUAUUCUUGAACAAUAUAGGUUUUUUUUUCCCACUUAUGAUGAUGUUAACAUGGAUGGUUUCUGUCGCUGGCAUGGUUCGCAAGCUGGUUUAUGAAAGAGAAAUUCAUCUUGAAGAGUAUAUGAAGACAAUGGGAGUACAUCCAGCCAUUCAUUUCUUUGCUUGGUUUCUGGAGAAUUUAAUUGUGCUCACAAUAAGCAGCUGUGCCCUGGCCAUCAUUUUGAAAGCAAGCGGUAUCUUUGCUUAUAGCAAUGGCUUCCUCAUCUUCCUUUUCCUCCUGGAUUUUGGAGUGACAGUUAUUAUGUUAAGCUAUUUUUUGGGAGCAUUUUUUAGCAGUGCCAAUACAGCAGCUCUGUGUGCCAGCCUUGUGUAUAUGAUCAGUUUUUUACCAUACAUAGUUUUGUUGGUCUUGCAGAACCAGCUGAGUUUCAUCAAGCAAAUUAUAAUGUGUCUCCUGUCUACAACUGCCUUUGGGCAAGGAGUAUUUUUCAUUACAUUCUUUGAGGGUCAAGAAAUAGGUAUUCAGUGGAAUAACGUGUACCAGCCAAUGGCACAAGGAGGAUACAUGACCUUUGGACUGACCUGCUGGAUGAUGUUAUUCGACUCCAUUUUGUAUUCUAUAGGUGGCUGGUAUUUCAGCAAUAUUGUUUCUGGAAAAUUUGGAUUAAGGAACUAUUGGUACUUUCCUUUUACUGUUUCCUAUUGGAAGAACCUGUGUGGUACAGAGAGGAUGAGAAAACACUGUCUGAAUUCUAAUAUGUUUUUCUUCAAUGAAAACUUCCAAGAAAAAGACCCAGUACCUCCAGGCUGGAAAGGUGCUUGCACAGAAGGAGCUACCAUUGGUGUUGUGCUGUUGUCUCUCACCAAAGAGCUUGUGGAUGGCCAGAAGGCUGCUGUUAAAGAUCUCAGCCUCACUUUCCAUAGAGGUCAAAUAACAGCGCUCUUGGGACCUAAUGGAGCUGGCAAAACAACAGUCAUAUCACUGUUGACUGGUCUGUAUCCACCUAGCUCUGGCACCAUUAUUAUCAAUGGAAAGGACAUACGGACUGAUCUGGCUACGAUCAGGACAGAGUUGGGUGUUUGCCCACAGUAUGAUGUCCUGUUCAACGUACUAACAGUGCGAGAACAUCUACUGCUUUAUGGAUCAGUGAAGGCACCUGGCUGGACAAACAAACAGUUGAACCAGCAAGUCAGUGGAGCUCUGGAAGAUGUGGAUUUAUCGGAGCAUCAGUACAAACCUGUUGGAGCCCUUUCUGGGGGAAUGAAAAGGAGGCUGUCAAUUGCCAUCUCCUUUAUUGGAAACUCAAAGACUGUUAUUCUAGAUGAGCCCACCAGUGGAGUAGAUCCAUGUUCCCGACGUAGUAUCUGGGAUGUUCUUCUGAAGUACAAAGCAGGUUGCACACUGAUCUUUACCACCCACCAUCUUGAUGAGGCAGAGGUGCUCAGCGAUCGCAUUGCCAUCCUGCAGCAGGGCCAGCUGAGGUGCUGCGGUUCUCCCUCUUAUCUAAGAGAAACAUAUGGCCAGGGACACAGUCUAACACUCAUAAAAAAGCCUUCUGUGUUUGAAAUCCAGGAUCCUGUGCAUGUUGUUCGGGUCACAUCUUUGGUACAGACCCACAUACCAGAAGCCUUCUUGAAAGAGAACAGUGGGACUGAGCUGACCUAUGUGAUUCCAGAAAGGGCAGAUAAGACCUCUUUUAAAGGUCUUUUUCAGGCUUUAGAUCAAAGCCUUCAUCAUCUACAUGUGACUGGCUAUGGUAUUUCUGACACCACUUUGGAAGAGGUAUUUCUGAAGUUACUGCAGGACUCGGAGAAGAUACCAUUUGUUCCACAGACAGCACACCUGGACAAUGCAAAAGGUGCUGAAUCAGCCUGGCCCCUGGGUGCUGCUGCUGAACUGACUCUGCCCACCAAUCCUGCUGGAAGGUGUCCUUCAUCCCAGUGCCGAGCCCCACAGUCACCUCCAAACAGUGCAGGCCCCCACCCGGUGUGGCUGUGUGCACAUGCAUGUGCUAACCAGAAAUGUCAGCCAGUGUUUUCCCCACCAUUGGCUCUGAUGGACAGCAUCAAUAUCUCACUUACGGGGGCCUCACGUGUGUGUGGAGCCAGUCUUGUUCUUGCACAAAUAGUUGCCAUUCUGAUGAAGAGGUUUCACCACGCCAGGCGAGACUGGAGAGGAAGUCUGUCAAACAUGCUGCUGCCCAUCGUCUUUGUUGCACUGGCAAUGGCCUUGUUUAGCGUGAAGCCGCUGGCUAUUGCUUAUCCUUCUCUCAAGCUGACACCAAGACUUUACAAAAAUGCAGAAUCCUUCUUUAGCACUGAAGAUGAUAACCUAGGAAACCUUUCUCAGAUUCUACUGAGAUAUUUCUUUGACUGGGACCACACAUGCAUGCAUUCUAAGCAAGGAGUCAUGUACUUCUUUCUCAUAAUGGCUGUGUCUAUCAUUAUGUUUAUUCCCAUUAGAAAAAAUAAUUCAUGUUGGCAGAUGGAAUCUUCUUCACCCCAGGAUUCAUGUGGAUGUGUGUCUGAACAGGAGAUGUGUCCGAGUUUCAACACCUCUGUUCUCUAUGUGAAGAAUAAGAAAGGACAUAUUCUGUAUAAUCUUUCAGGGUUCCUUGUGGAAGAAUAUUUAGUGAGGUCUUCCAACAAAGCAAGAUAUGGUGGUUGGUCUUUUGGAGGGAGGAAAGUCUCUGCAUUUCAAGAACAAAAAUUGAAUAAGAUCAAAUCCAAGCCUGUGGCUAAGAGGAACUUGCACCUUGCUGAAAUUGGUCAGGUUGUGAAAUAUGAAUCUCUUCUGACAGUAUGGUACAACCAAAAGGGUUUCCAUUCACUGCCAUCUUACUUAAAUGAACUCAGUAACUUCAUCCUGUGGCUGAAUUUGCCUCCAGCUGUGGAUUGGAGACAGUAUGGGAUCACACUCUACAGCCAACCUUACGGAGGAGCCUUGCUGGAUGAGGACAAAAUAAUGGAGAAUGUUCGUCAGUGUGGGGUAGCACUGUGUAUCAUGUUGGGUUUCUCCAUCCUCACUGCAUCCAUUGGCAGUGCCAUAGUGAAAGACAGAGUAUCUGGCACAAAACGUUUGCAACACAUCACAGGCCUGGGUUACAAAACAUACUGGUUUGCUAAUUUCUGCUGGGAUAUGCUGUUUUACAUGGUUCCAGUCACCCUCUGUGUUGGUGUUGUUAUUGCCUUCCAGCUUUCAGCCUUCACUUGCCGAAAGAAUUUGGCAGCCACUGUUCUCCUGCUGGUACUCUUUGGAUAUGCAACUUUACCGUGGAUGUAUCUUGUAUCCCGAUUCUUCUCAAGUUCAGAUGUCGCUUUUAUUUCUUACAUCUCCUUAAACUUUGUGUUUGGCCUUUGUACCAUGCUGGUGACUCUCUUACCUCGUUUGUUAGCUAUACUUUCCAAAGUACAGAGUUUUCAGUACAUCUACAAAAUCCUCAAAUGGACGUUUAUAAUUUUCCCACAAUUCUGCUUAGGCCAAGGUUUAAUAGAACUUUCAUACAACCAGAUCAAGUUUGACCUGACCAGCAACUUUGGAAUAGAUUCGUACGUGAGCCCAUUUGAGAUGAAUUUCCUGGGCUGGAUUUUUUUGGAAAUGGCCCUGCAGGGAACAGUUCUUCUUCUUUUACGGCUUUUUUUCCAUUGGGAUCUCCUCCAGAAACCAAGGGGUCAGCAUUCACUUAACAGCACAGUCAGCCCUUCAGAAGAUAUUGAUGUAGAGAUGGAGCGACAGCGACUUUUUGGUGGAAGAACUGGUAAUGAUGUCCUUCUUCUGUACAGCCUCAGGAAGUGUUAUGGAGGUUUCAGUAAGAAGAACAUAGCUGUGGAAAACAUAAGUUUGGGAAUACCAAGGGGAGAGUGUUUUGGACUCCUGGGAACAAAUGGAGCUGGGAAAAGCACAACAUUUAAGAUGCUGACUGGAGAGAUCAUCCCAUCUGCAGGGCGUGCUGUUAUCCGGACUCCUACAGGAUCUGAAAUGGAUAUACUGUCUGCUAGCUCUGAAGGUAUUCUUAUUGGCUAUUGUCCACAGCACGAUGCCUUGGAUGAACUUUUAACGGGUUGGGAGCAUCUUUAUUAUUACUGCAUACUGCGCGGAAUUCCAAAGCAGCAUAUCUGUAAGGUAGCAGAAGACCUUGUCAACCGGUUGCAUCUCAAUGCCCAUGUUGACAAACUGGUGAGAACAUACAGUGCUGGCACAAAGAGAAAGCUCUCUACUGCUGUGGCUUUAGUUGGUAAACCCCAAAUACUUUUACUGGAUGAGCCCAGUUCCGGGAUGGAUCCUUGCUCUAAACGCUACCUUUGGAAAACCAUUCUGAAGGAAGUUCAGGAUGGCUGUGCAGCUGUGCUGACAUCCCACAGUAUGGAGGAAUGUGAAGCCCUUUGCACACGGCUUGCUAUUAUGGUGAAUGGAAGCUUCAAGUGUCUUGGUUCUCCCCAGCACAUUAAAAACAGGUUUGGGGAUGGCUAUUCUGUCAAAGUUUGGCUGAGCAAAGAAAUAAGCUCUGGAAGAAUGAUUCUGGACUGUCUACAGCUGCAUUUUCCUGGAGCACAAUUUAAGGGACAGCAUCUUAACCUGCUUGAGUACCAUGUCCCUCGAAGUGAGGGAUGCUUAGCCGAGCUCUUCAGAGUCCUAGAGAACCACAAAGAUUUUCUCCAAAUCAAACACUACUCCAUUAACCAAACCACGCUGGAACAGGUAUUUAUUAAUUUUGCUACACAACAGCAAGGUACCUCGCCUUCUUCACAGGAGCCUCCCAUCGUUCAUCAAGACCACCUGCCAGUCUAG